AUGGCUAACUCGAUGGAAGAUUCCUUUCGUGAGCAACUAGUGAAGAAGAGAGAAUCUGACAACAAAUCAUUAUUAUGGACGAAGACGGAGUAUUUCUCUUUACUUGAAGAACUUAAAGAAGCUUGUUCUGCUAAGAGUAAAUCUCCUCGUCAAUAUUACAUCCUUGGCCGCUAUGAGAUAUUGCAGUGUGGUGACGUGGAAAAGUUAAUUCGUAAACGCGGUGCCAGUGAUCAGGAACCAAUUUACUUUACGCAUAUCGAUGAUAUGUUUGACAUUAUUAAGAGAGGUCACGUUUCAACUGGUCAUGGUGAUCGCGAUAAAAUGAUGAAGGUUUUGAAGAAAUAUGCCAGUGUUACCCGUGAGGCAGGAGAAUUGUACAAAUCACUUUAUAUAGAAUGCCAGAAACAACAUAAACGCAUCACGACCAAGGGCGUAGUUGUUAGACCCAUCCUAUGCAAGGACUUUGGAUCACGAGGUCAGGUUGACCGUGUUGACAUGCAGCCUAUGGCGACUGGUUCAUACAGAUGGAUAAUGGUCUACCAGGAUCAUCUCACUAAGUAUUGUGUAUUGCGUCCAUUAACAUCAAAACGUGCAGCAGAAGUUGCCUUUCAGCUGAUGGACAUUUUUCUAUUACUUGGUGCACCUCCGAUUUUGCAGAGUGAUAAUGGCAGUGAAUUUACUGCAUAUCGUUAUCACGGAGCUGAAGCUUCUAUGGCCUGA